GAACGCCCGGGCGCUGCCGCGCAACCGCCCCGGCCCUAGCUUGAUCGCUUCGGCCCCUCUCGUGUUUGCAUUCGGCGCGGCCUGCUCUGCCAGACCGGGGCGAAUUUCCGCGCCGCCAUUUCCGCUUUGGAAAGUGUCUCGGCGUUUUGGUCGGCCCACCGUGUUUCUUCCGGCCGGCGAAUAAUUGCUAGUGAAUUGGUGCGCGGACUUGGUGGAGACGACGAAGUGAGCUGGAGUUUGGUCCGGUUGGUGUUCCGAUGAAUGUGUAUACUGCUUUCAAGUGAUGAAACCGUCCUAACUUGAUGAUGCGGCCAACCCGCUUGAAGAGAGGCACGCAGCUGAGCGAGAAGAAAACGAGCCAUACUGUCUGAGCGCUGCAGCCACACCAACGACAAAAAAAAUGCACUUGAGGGAGAUUCGGUAAGUGUCCAGAUCACGUGGACCUCUUGGCUCCUGUUGAAGCUUCUGCUCCAAUACUACGAAUUCACUCACAUAGACUAGAUACGCGGCUCGACCUCGUCUGUAUAGAAAAAUCCUCUCAAUCAUGUAGACUCCCACAGACGCGCGCGCCAGAACACCCACGAAUUCGAUGGCGCGGUCGGGCACGUGGUUCUGGCGCGUGGUAGCGGCGCUAGCGGUCGUCGCGCGCGCCAAGCGCCGGCACGAGCGACGCGACGUUGUGUCCGACAUCAAGGAAGAACUCGCAGGAACACCAGAACACGAAGAAUUUCGUCCUGCAGUACCUGCGGCUCCCGCUUCUGACGUACAACACCAAGAGCAACUACAUCCAAAACCACCCACAGCACCUCAUCCUGGCACGGGAACAGCAGCUACCGGAUUCUCUCUGCAGAAGCUCCUUAGCCCGCAGCGCCUGCUCCCCCAAAGUCGAAAAAAUAAACCUUCCUUUCUUCAGCAGUUCGUGACCGCGGCGAUCGGGGGCCCAGGCGCCGCGCAAAAAGUAUCCAGCACCUCUGGAGCGGAUGCGGACCAAGAUUCGACUGUGGAGGAGGACAGUAGCUGGACGCUUUUGAACGAGAGGGACGUCUGCCGGUGUGACCAAUGCAGCGUUCUGCAGCGGUUUCCGAGCGAGGUGUUCUCCAACGUGAACCUGAAGUGCGGGCCGACGGCAGGUUCGCCAACGGGCGGCCACGAGCCGGCGUUCUUUGCCCGGGGUGCCGCCGCGGCCGCGAACACCGGUCGUGCCAGCCUCGGCCCGAGCACCGGAGGAGGGUCGUCUUUUUCCUUCCUCGCGUCGGCGUUUUCCGGCGCCUCCACGGUUGCGCGCGACUCCUCGGAGUGCCGCAGCAUGAGCUCGCGGACGGUACUGGAAACGCCGGUCGGGUCGUACGUCAACCUCCAGCGCCACUGCUUCUACGAGUGCCAACCCGCACAGGGAUUCCGAGCCAGUCCGUUGAAUUCAGCGGUACUGUUUAUGAAGUGCUGUUUUGAUCUUGCGAACGCGAUGAAGUUAUAGAAGUUGUUCUCUUCGUUUGACAAAAAGCUGCAUGAGGAGCUCCACCACGUGCGAAAAGGAUCAGGCUUGUUUAUAAACUCAAAUCUAUUUUCUUUGCAGUGCGUCGCGCUGACGGAGACGGAAGUUGCGACGCUGCGCCCAGGUAAGGAUCCGGCUUUUCUACUUGUCGACGCGGAGGAGAGGAAGCAGGAGCAGCAGAAGAUGCUUCUUCUCGCAUCUUCGUCCUCGUCGCGUAAGAAAAUCGCGCCGGCCGAUGUGGUGGCCAACGCCAAGAAGACGGCCGCGGAGACCGGGGGCGAGUCGGAGAACGCGUUGGCAGACUCGCAUGCGACGGUGAAAAAGCACGAAGCAGGUGGGGGAGCCAACUUCGGCGAGAACGUGGCUGUCGCGUUUGCGCUACCCUGUGCAAAAGUAUCGUACUCGUAGUAAUUGCAGUCAUGCAUUACAAAUCUUUUCCGUUAGGUAAAUCCGCAUUAUGCUGAGAAAAUUUGUAAUGCAUUUAUACGAGUGCGAUACUUUUGCAAUUGAUAUGCGCAAAUGGUCCACGAGGCGGAGGCUGCGGCCAACGAGGCCACAGAAGCCGCCGCGGAAACAACGAAGACCAUGGACGCAAUAUGUGACGAGGUAGGAGAUUUUGUUUUGUGUCUACAGGGGCACUGACGCUCGGUUUGGUCUGGUUGGAUCUUUUUGAUAGCCUCUCAAUAUGUUUUUCUGCAGGCAAAUUCCACCUACGAACUCCAAGUGCGCUCGUUAGGUAAGUACUUACCGUCACUAUGCAUGAAGUUGUUGUCUCCUAUGAUUACGACUAGGCCCGCGCCGCCGCAGUUGGCAAAGGCAAAGCCCUGAUCGCCAGUUUGUCGACGGAGGAGAAAGAAGCGGCAGCCAAAGCCGCUGCGUACAAGGCAAAACUGGCCAACACGCCGUCCGCAAAAGCAAAAGUGGCGAUGGACAAAGCGGCCCAGCCCUUCUUCGACCAGAUGACUGGGGCGCAGGCGCGGGCACGGGACUACUCAACCCUCGCAGACCAGAAGGCGGGCAAGGCCGUCGAGCUCGAGAAGGAAGCGCGGGAUCUGGAGAAAGAGGCAAAUCAAUUGAAUAAGGACGGAGACAGGUACUCAUACAGGCUCGCGUGUUGUUUCGGCACUACGUGAAUGCGCAGCUAGAACUAAGCCUACAUCAUGUUGGUAAAACUGCACAGCGCAUGUUUGUAACUCGUGCUUCGGGAUGAGAAAAGAAUUCCCGGCACUACAACGUAUUGCAAGAACAUCGUGUAACUAAAGAAUAUACAAUUUUCAGGGUCGGCGCGUCGCAGACCAUUGCGGUGGCCACAGAGAAGUGGGAGGAGGGGCAGCGACUGGCGAAGAAGGCUGAGGAACUCCGGACGCAGGCCAGAGAUAUCAACGCUUUGGUACCGCAGUACCAGCACGCCGGCACGGUGGCCGGCGCGCUGGCGGCACAAGCCGCAAACCCAGCAUUCGCGGCGCCGCCGCAUAUUCUGCCCCCGCCGCCACCAGACCCCAUGGCCAGCUGGUCGGGCCCGGAUCCGAUGGCGCAAUUUCAUCGAAGUCCAUGAAGCAGCUACGCAUCGGCUUCGGUUCGCCCUUAAAAUUACACCUGGACGUAUCUACGGUUUUUUUUCCAUUCCAGGACGUCCUCAACAAAACGGUAUCAACGAAGAUU